AUGGAUUCAACAGCUACUGGUUUAAAGAGGAAUUCAAAUGAUAUUGCUUGGGAAUUUGCUAUUUGCCCAGAUCCUACAAACUUGGAUAAAUUGAAGUGUACAUUGUGUGGAAAAGUUUAUAGUGGGGGAGCUUCAAGAAUGAAACAACAUAUUGCUCAUGUGAAAGGACAUGUAACUCCAUGUCAAAAGUCUACCAAAGAUGAUCAGUUGAGAUGUCAAGAUGCUAUCAAUGAAGGAAAGUUAAAAAAGAAGGGAAAAAAAGCACAUGAUGAAGCGUUAAGAUCGGAGGUGAGAUUUGAUACUAAUGAAAACAUUAGUAUAGACACGGAUGAAAUAGAGAAUAAUUUUGGGAGCUUGAGGGAACCAUAUGUUAUAGGCCCGAUGGAUAACUUUGCAAACACAUUAAACCCCGAAGAAUCUUUGAAGUCGGGAAAAGGCAAAAAAGUUGAUAUUAACAAUGCUAUUCGAAAAGAAAGAAUAUCAACGGUGAAAAGUUUCAUUGGUAGGUGGGCAUAUGAGUGUGCAAUUUCUUUUCAUGCCUUCGAAAAGGAUAGCUUUAAAAUGAUGGUGGAGGUAAUCGGCCAAUAUGGAACCGGGCUUCCAACUCCUACUAGGUAUGAGUUGAGUAACACAAUUUUAAAAAAAGAAGUUGAAAGAACAAAAAAUUUAGUGAAAAAAAAUGAAGAAGAAUGGAAACAAGAUGGAUGCUCGAUUAUGACGGAUGCUUGGUCUGAUAGAAAGAGGAGGAGCAUUAUGAAUUUAUGUGUCAAUUCAAAGAUGGAAGUUGGUCCCGAACAUGUUGUUCAAAUGGUAACCGAUAAUGCCACGAAUAACAUGGGAGCCGCAAAGUUGCUAAAAGAGAAAAGACCAAAGAUUUUCUGGACAUCAUGUGCGACACAUACCAUAAACCUUAUGCUUGAAGGUAUUGGUGGGCUUCCAAGGUUCAAGAAAGUCUUAGAUCAAGCAAAGCAACUAACCAUCUUCAUUUAUGCCCACCACAAAACGUUAGCUAUGAUGAGAAAAUUCACUAACAAAAGGGAUAUCAUCCGACCGGGUGUCACGAGAUUUGCUUCCGCCUAUCUAACAUUACUAAUUAAAGGGAGAUCUAGUCAUACAUUGGUGACAGGUUCCACAUUUUGGGCGGGUGUGGCACUUUGCUUAAAGGUGUUUUCCCCUUUGGUGAAAGUUCUUCGUAUGGUUGAUGCGGAUUGGAAGCCCUCGAUGGGUUUUGUUUAUGGUGAGAUUAAAAAAGCAAAAAAAGAAAUCAUUGAUGCUUUAGGCGGUAACAAAAAAGCAUAUGAGCCUAUCAUAAAUAUCAUAUCAAAGAAAAUGAAAGGUAGACUAGAUUCAAAAUUGCAUUUGACGGCUUAUCUUCUAAAUCCUUAUUAUCAUUAUAAGGAUCCACAACUCCAACAUGAUCCCGAAGUAAUGGAUGCGGUUCUUGAGUUUUUUGAUACAUUAUUUGCCGGAGAUUUAGAGAUGCAAAAGCAAGUCGUGACUAUUGAGUUGCCAAAGUACAAGAAAAAAAUGGAUAGAUUUGGUCGGGAACUUGCAGUUAAAGCAUGUGAAGUUAAUGAUGGUGACUACGAUCCGGCAACUUGGUGGGGUACGUUUGGUGGAGCAACUCCUCAUUUUACAAAGAUUGCAAUAAGAAUUCUUUCUUUGACUAGUAGUUCAUCUGGAUGUGAAAGGAAUUGGAGCACCUUUGAAGGGAUUCACACGAAGAAAAGAAAUAGGUUGGAUGGAAGUAAAAUGAACAAUCUUGUUUAUGUCCAAUUUAAUGCUAAUUUGAUGGAAAAAAACAAAAAGAGAAAAGAAAGGAAUAUGGAAGUGUUAUUAGCUAAUGAUAGUCACACGGCUCAAGAAUGGAUUGUUGAUUGUGGUGAUUGUGAUGAAGAUGGAGUUGGCAUAGUUGGUGAUGGUCAAGGAACCGAUGAACUCGGACAAAGUUCAAGAACAAGAGAACUUUUAGAUGAAGAUUUUGCGUCAGGUGGUGAGGAGGAAGUAUUUGAAGAAGUUGAUUAUGAAUCGGAUGGAGUUCACAUCAUGGAAGAAUGCGGAGAUAAAGAGUAG